GUGAUGUAGUUAGUGCCAUUCUUGUACUGUUUCAAGAUUUUACUUACUUUUCUGCGAUUGUACCAUUUAGAUAGAUAUCCUGGUUAGUGGAGGCGGAGCUUGAAAGUACACGCGUGUUUUCUUCUCCCCCUGAUACACAGUUGGGGAUGCAGUUGGAUCUAAAUGCUGUCGUCUUCAACCUCGGGAUAAAUAUGUAUAACCCGUUAGCCCAAAAGACCUGCGAGUUUACCAUUGAUUCCUUGAUGACUGAAGCUACAUCAGACCCUUACCUCGCGAUAACAGACCAGCAACCUAGCCUGCCUACGUUAGGACUGGCAACAGGUACCACCGUUCAUACUUCCGGGAACUGUUACUAUGGCUGGGCAGGCUCGCCUCUGCAAACCUCCCCGGUUAGUCUCAAUUCUAGAUCCCCGGUCAAAGACAUGGAAGCACUCCUUCUAAAUACUAGUACGGAAAGACUGAGUUUGGCGGAGGCUUACCGGUCCUACACGGCUGACACAUUUGACGUCCAGGACUUUAAAGAACACGGGAGCUGUUCACAGUCUCCUGUUAAUUCUGACCCUUCGUAUAGCCCAAAUAAGCCCAUGCAUCCCAAGCUGGUGAGCGUCAAUUGUACUUUAGAAAUGAAAUCACUGUGGGAAGAAUUCAAUCAGAUGGAAACAGAGAUGAUCGUGACUAAAGCUGGAAGGCGAAUGUUCCCGUCCUUUCAAGUGCGAGUGUUCGGUAUGGAUAACCUGGCUGAGUAUAUGAUGAUGACGGAUUUCGUACCAGUUGAUGAUAAGCGGUAUAGAUAUUCCUUUCAGAGCUCAACCUGGAUUGUAUCAGGUAAAUCAGACCCGGUUAUGCCACCACGAAUUCACGUUCAUCAGGACUCUCCUGCAAAAGGUAGCCAAUGGAUGAAACAAGUAGUUUCUUUUGAUCGAUUGAAAUUGACAAAUAAUCAAAUGGAUAACAAUGGCCACAUAAUUCUCAAUUCCAUGCAUCGCUACCAGCCGAGAGUUCAUGUUCUUUACUGUAAUCUUAAAGAGGAAGAACCCUUUCAAACACAAAACUUCAAAACCUUCGUUUUUCCAGAGACAAAAUUUAUAGCAGUAACGGCUUAUCAAAAUCAUAGAAUAACUCAACUUAAAAUAGCUAGCAAUCCGUUUGCGAAAGGUUUCCGAGAAGGAGAUAGCCAAAGAUGGUCUGCUUCUUCAGCGUUAUCUGACAUGUUUGCGCGACUACCGCCGAUCCAGCGACCUAGGAAUCCCCAAAGACCAAGUUCUCUUCAUCUUCUCGGCCUUUCUCAGGACUCGUCGGUUUCCAAAACUGAAAAAGAAGAUCCAAACGACGAAUUGUCUGGUGGAAGUCUUUUGUCUCGGGUAAUCGGGUCGAGCUUACAACUAACAGGAGGACUCCACGUUCCUUCGCAGCUAUCCCACGGUGAUCAAGGUGGAUGUCCUGUGGGACAGCCUUAUGCAGGAGAUGUGUGUAACUACGGACCUGUUUAUGACAGUUACAUGUAUCAAAUGAAAAAUAACAAUCCGCCCUACUCUAGACCUCCACUUCACUACUCUAGUUACCAGAGUACACACAAGUAUAAUGGAUUGUACCCUGCGAGACCAGUACAGGAAGACUUUAGUUAUUCUCCCAAGUGAAACUGGGUCCAUAGGAUUGAGGUGUUUAAUUUGUAAAUAAAACAAAAACUGAGAAUUAAAUGCAUUCCGGCUGAUUAGUAUAAUACUGUAUAAAGAACCCUUUUACAAAUUUGAGAUUGAACUCGCAAAUAAAUCAAAAAUA